AUGAAUCUCUGGAGUUUUUUUGACUAUCUUGAUGAUGUGAUGAGAUACGCGACUAGAAAUAAGUUUGAAGUUAUAAUUGUUGGUGAUCUUAAUUGUGAUUGUCUUAAUUCAACCUUAAGACAAACAGAGAGACUGCUAGAAUUUACUAUGGUAAAUGAACUUGAACAAUUGAUAAAACAACCAUCUCGCGUAACGCCCACUACAAGUACUUUAAUUGAUGUGUUAAUCACCUCAACUCCCAGUCUGUUUAAUGAGGCAGGAGUAAUCAAUAUAGCACUAAGCGAUCAUUAUCCUAUUUAUGGUGUUAUGCAAUGUCCAGUGACUUGUGCAAAUAAACAUCGCAUUAUAACAACGCGCCCUUGGAAUGAUAAUAAAGUAAAUGACUUUAUAGCUGAUUUGAAGCAAGCUCCAUGGAGCCUGGUUGAUUCGUUUCAUGAUGUAGAUGAUAUGUGCACCGUGUGGGAAUCGUUGAUAAAAUCUUUGAUUGAUCUACAUUUCCCUCUCAAGCGAAAACGUAUGCGAAAAAAGACUCAUCCAUGGCUUGAUAAUACUGUUCCUACACUUAUGAGAACUCGCGAUCAAGUGCACAAAAAGGCUAAAAAAUCUGGCCUGCCUCAAGAUUGGAGUGAAUACAGACGUCUUCGUAACAAUGUCACUAAAAUGAACAGAAAAGCCAGGAAAAGUUGCUUUAGAAAUAAACUUGAAGAAAACCGCUGUAAACCUAAAGUAUUUUGGGACAUAUUACGUCUAGUUUUGCCCUCCCGAAAAAGCAGCGCUGAAAUUGGUAGAUUAGUGGUAAAUGGUAAAGAAUUGAGCGAUAAGCGUGAUAUUGCGAACUCACUAAAUGAAUAUUUUACAACAAUUGCUUCCACGCUACUAACCGACCGGCAAUCAGAAGGAAACCUAGUAGACCUGCAACAGGAAAACGUGCGUGCUGCUUCCAGUAACUGUUUUAAUUUUCGUGCCCUAAGUGAAGACGAUGUCUUCAAUGCUUUACGAACAACAGAUACAUCAAAGGCUACUGGCGCAGAUAACAUUUCACCUAAAAUCUUGAAAAAUGCUGCGCCUUAUAUUAGUAAUGUUGUAGCCAACAUAUUUAAUGCAUCCUAG